AUGGCUUUCUCCUUGCCAGGACUUCGACGGGCAGCCUCGAAGCUGUCGAAAGAUUUCUUCGUCUGCCAUCAAUACUCAAAUCCAGCUCGCCCGACGCCCCUACCAUUGAAGCUCCCCAUCAAGUCAAAUAUAUCUCGAACGAUUCGAUUCAACAGCAGCGCGGCUGCGUUUCCUGCCGAGCAUGGAGGCUUCCGAAAGCAGACGCCCCUCGGUGCUCUUGGGCAAAAUAUCAUGAAGAAUGAAAAUGAAAAUGCACAGGCGCGGGCGCGGGCGCGGGCGAACAAGAAGUUCUUCCCCAGAGUGACUUCCAAACCUGUCGCAUACUGGUUAUUGGGAAGUGCAGCGAGUGUGUUUGGGAUUGUCGUCUUUGGGGGACUCACACGUCUAACAGAGUCCGGACUGAGUAUAACAGAGUGGAAGCCAGUAACAGGAUCUCUACCACCUCUCUCUCUUGCCGACUGGGAAUCCGAAUUCGACAAGUAUCGGGCCUCACCUGAAUUCAAGCUUUUGAACCCCCACAUGACUCUCGAAGAGUUCAAACAAAUCUACUACAUGGAAUGGGGCCACCGGCUGUGGGGAAGACUAGUUGGAAUGUCUUUCGUUAUCCCAGCCAUAUACUUCGUGGCCCGGCGCAAAGUUUCGGCAAACAUGUCACUCCGACUGCUCGGUAUCGCUGGUCUCAUUGGGUUUCAGGGCGUAAUCGGGUGGUGGAUGGUGAAAUCGGGUCUUAAAGAUGAUCUUUUUGCACCAGGGUCCCAUCCACGAGUAAGUCAAUAUAGACUGACAACCCAUCUCAGCGCUGCCUUUAUAUGUUAUACGGCGAUGUUGUGGAACGGCCUCGCCAUAUUGCGUACCCAUUCGCUACUGGCAGAUCCUGCCCGAGCUCAAGCUCAUCUCAAAGCUCUGUCCUCGCCCGCUCUCUCCUUCUUCAGAAAGUCCGUCGCUGGUCUGGCAAUUCUGGUAUUCACAACCGUCAUGUCUGGAGGACUUGUCGCAGGAUUAGACGCCGGCAUGAUCUACAAUGAGUUCCCACGCAUGGGUGUGGGACUGACUCCCCCAAAAAGCGAACUCUGGUCUUCAUUCUACUCCCGCAAGGAAGAUGGCAGUGAUCUUUGGUGGCGGAACAUGCUCGAGAAUCCCUCUCUCGUUCAAUUAGACCACCGAAUUAUGGCCACGACAACCUUUACCGCAAUCCUCAGUCUAUGGGCAUACACGCGCUUCAACGCCAAAGUGCGCGCCAUCCUCCCAAACACCUGCAGAAAAGGCAUGCUAGGCGUCGUCCAUCUUGUCCUUCUCCAAGUAGCCCUCGGCAUCAGCACCCUCGUCUACCUAGUCCCUACACCCAUCGCAGCAGCUCAUCAAGCCGGCGCUCUCGCCCUCUUGACUGGUGUAGUCGUUCUAGGAUCACGUACCUGGAUCCCCUCUCGAUCUUGGAGAUUGGUACAGAACCGUCUGAAAAUACUCACGGAUAGUGGUUUAGCUGGUCCUAGACCGAAUCGUGGCAGGGUUCCCGGCAUUAAGGGAAAGGUUGAAGCUGUGGGGUUGAGGAAAGAGCUGGAUGCUAUGAGGAGUCGCGGGCCGCCUAAGCGUGCGUGA